AUGAGGUCAACUGAUAUAUGCCCUAUAUGCGUUGGAGGUGAAGAUCCGCAGGAGUCACUGCAGAGCGUCACCUGGAUCCAAUGUUCUCCGUGUAAGCAGUGGUUCCACGCACUUUGUUUGAAAAUUCCCGAGUACGAAAUAGGGAGGUUUGUAUCGUAUCACUGCGCGGAAUGCACCAAACAACACGGACCCUCGGUGUUGAAGCGAGAGUCGAAACGUGCCAGAAUUUCAAUCGAUUAUGUGGCGUUGAAUGAAGGUGAAACUAUAGCCAUCAACCGGUCGUCUCAUUUCCAACUACCCAAUUUCCUCCAGUUUCAGAGCCAACCAGACAUUGAUAUUCGAGAAGAAAUUUCGAAGCAGGAUGUGCUAUCGACGCGGAUGAACAAGCCGGUUCUUAUCCCGAAAGCUAACCUUGAACUUGUCGGGAUGAAGUUGCCACUUGAACGGUCGGAAAUAACCGUGGACUAUAUUGCCAAAUGUUGCGGUGAUGACACCCCGGUGGAAGUGAUGGAUGUGGUGUCUCAGCAAGGUGUCUCGCCUUCGUGGAAGUUGAAGCAAUGGAGAGACUAUUUCAACACCGAGGAAGCGCACCGGGACCGGAUAAGGAACGUGAUUUCGUUGGAGAUUUCAAAAGUUGACGAGUUGGGCACGGCGUUUACGCGUCCACAAGUGGUGCGCGACUUGGAUUUGGUUGACAAGGUAUGGGACCCAAAUGAUGACCAAGAACGAAGCAAAGUGACCAAGUAUUGUCUCAUGUCGGUCAAAAAUUGCUUUACCGACUUUCACAUUGACUUUGGCGGAACUUCAGUCUACUACGCCGUGCUCAAAGGGUGCAAGACUUUUUUGAUGUUCCCCCCAACUGAUGAGAAUUUAGAGUUGUACACUUCGUGGUGUUUGGAACCAAAGCAAAACUUUAUCUGGUACCCGGACCACACAAUUGUCAAGAGCAGUGGAGAGAAAAUUGGCAAAAAAAAGACGCAAAAGAUCCUGCCUCGUGGAGGAUUCAAAGUUACUCUCCAACCAGGCGACUUGUUCCUCAUUCCAAGUGGGUGGAUCCACAGCGUCCACACUCCACAGGACUCGAUAGUCAUUGGCGGCAACUACUUGACCUUGAAAGAUAUGAAGAUGCAGCUCAAGAUAUAUGACGUGGAGAGGAAAACCAAGGUGCCGACCAAGUUCAGGUUCCCCAUGUUCAAUAAGGUCAUCUGGCAAAGCGCGGCGUACUACUACAACCACCAAUCUCAAUUAAUUGAGGAUUGCGGGGAUUGGGCUGUUGCUGUUGAAGUUAUCGAUGAAUGGAUCCGCCAUCUAAGCGACCAUUGCGAACUAAGCAAGACGAACCAGGCUGCCCGUAAGGGUAUACCAGAGUCAACAGUGGGCAAACCACUGGAGUUCCUUAACCUGCUCCGAGAAUGGAAAAGAGUAAUCCAUGCAAAAGAAACAAGAAAAGAAGAAAAAAAAGAGCACUAG